CAAAUAUUACUACAAAUAAUUUAAAUGAAGUAGUGAAUGAAAUAAAUGAAAAUUCAAUUUCUGAUAAAUCAGAUACCAAAGAAUCUGAUAUUGAUUAUAGAGAUUAUGGAAUAUGUGAAAAUGUGGAAAUAAAAAUACAGACAAGUGAAACAAAGAUGUCUGAUGUAAUUAUGUCAGAAAUCAAAAAAAAAUGGUUAGUUGGUUUAUUUGCUUCUGCUGGAAAUCCAAUUACUCAGUAUCAGUUAUUCAAUAUCCAAAGCUUAAAGAGAAAAUAG